UCCUGAUCACAUGACGUACUUACUGAUAGCCUACAAGUAUCCUGAAAAAUAGUCGGGGCAUUUUGGUUACAUUUCGUUUCCAAAUGAAAUGUUCUUAUUAUGUAAAUCGUUGAUCAUAGGCUCGUUAAAUAAUAGCCUGCACUCCUUCCGUAUUACCAUGUUUCUGUAAGUUGCUGUACCAUGUGCCUCGGUUUCCCAUGGUGUCUUGUUCAUGAGUGAAGCAUGCCGGGAAAAUAUAACAAAGUCGUGUGUGAAGGGUCUGCGGUAAGUCCCACACGAACAUCUCCUUUUACAAGCAUGUCUGCUGAAGCCGAUGGCACCGUCGACUUUUUAAAGAAGGCCUCCAUUUAUUACAAAGACAUCUGUCCGGAGCAGUCCCGCUUUCUGAUGCUACGACAGCAACGUAUGAAAGGCGGGAAGGAGCCGGACGGAACGCUCUGCCCGUUCUGUUUCCAGUGGCGACACGCCGUGGAGCAGCGAGUCCGGAUCAGGCCGAAGCGCAGGGCCUCCGGCCGCGUCCAGAAGCUUCUGCGGCGGGAGGCGGCCCGGAAGCGCCUCAGCCCGGAGCAGCUGAAGGCCCUGAGAAGGUUCCGGAACUCCUGCAGCUCUCGGAUGGCCACUUGCCACACCUGCAACAGGACUUCAAAGAGCCGCGGCGUGAGCAGGGACACUGUGGCGGCCCUCUCCAAGGCCCACAACACCCCCAGGAAUUCUGGGAAACCGAAAACAGCCGGUCGGACCCCCCACUCUGGGGGUGGAAAAGUUCUCCUGAAAUCCACAGAGAAGACACCCUAUGGAACACCCAGGUCCGCUUCCUCGGAGUCGGCCGGCACCCCUCCCUCAACGCUGGGCAGCGCCAAGAAGUCGGCCUUCUCGCGGCUCAGGAAGAUCCUGACCUUGUCGGAGACCCCGACGAAGGAGAAGGGAGGCCUGAAGGCCUUCCUCUCUUCCCUCUGAGCCGCGCCCGC